AUGUCGUCAACACCUCCAUAUACUGGCGGCUGCAAUGGUGUGGGUGAGGGUACGGGUACCCCAAAGGCAGACCCCUACCCAUACCUGAGGGACACCCUUACCCACCACCCAUGCGGGUUACCCCAACCCGUGCUAUUGCCUAACCGUAUCGCAACUCUCCAGAAUAAAUUCCAUGACUACCACAACGAGUUUGAAUCGACUGGUGCAGGGAUCGUGCCCCUUGAUGCAGGUACUGCAGAAAAUCUACAUGUCAAGAAAGACUUCCCAUGGUACAACAAUCUCUAUAAAAUCUGGGGUUCCAACCCAUCAUUUGCUGCCAAAACGACUUCACCAAAGCCAGGCUCCGACCAUGCGGGUAAUCUUUUUGCCCUCACCUGUCCUGGGGGCAACACUGUUUGCUCCCCCCCGCAAUAUAAUGUCCCUUCCACCAGUGGUCACGCUGGUAGUGGAACAGCCGUCCCACAAUUUAACUACCCUCCUCCUCCACAUCCCCCGCCUCCACAGCAGCAUUGCUGGUUCUCACUCACACUGGAAUUACAAUGUCUCUCCCCAAAGCACCCACCACAGCAGUAUUCCCUGCUCCUCAAUUCAACUUCGCCCCUCUCCCAGGAAAUGCUUCUGGGUCUCCUGCAGCACUGGAAUUAUGGCCUCCCUCUCCAAGGUGGCUAUGCUGGUGGUGUCGCUGGUUCUCUGAGUCUCCCUGCUCCCCAAUUUAACUUUGUCCCCCCUCAACAGAGUGUUCCACCAAGUAGUACUUUGGGCUCCCCACAACGCUGGGAUUAUGGCUCUCCCCAAAGUGCUCUGUCACAAAGCCGCAACCCAUACUCCACAGGCCCCCCUCCGGCUCUUCCAAACUUUACUGGAACGGACAACAAUAACAACAACCCUCUUGCUGAUGAGAUGGAAGACCUGCGUAUGGAUGAGUCGGUUGGUCAUUGUGACAUCAUUUUGGACAGCCCGCCAAAAUCCAACCAUCACACCAAGAAAUGCCAGCAGCCUUCAUCUUCUCCAACUCCACCCCCCCCCUCCCUCACUUGUCGCUCCACAGAAGCCCUGCACCUCUACCCACGAUGUACCCCUUCUGUUACAUCCUCAAAUAAUUCCUGCAGCUCAUUGGGACGUGGAUGCACUGGCGAGCAAAGCUCAUUGGUUCAACACUCCCCAACUUCGCAGACAUCUGUUUCGGCCAAAUCAAAAGGCAAGAACCCAAUGUCAAAACAUAUCUGGUCGGAAAUUCAAGAACAAGUUGAGAUGUUGAACAAUGACUUGGACAGCAUACACUCUGAGAAGGUCUCGUUGUAUCAGCUCAAGAAUGAGCGACUGAUGGUGAAGAUGAAUUCUAACUGCCAGCAGAAGGAGCACAAUUUCAUUCAUGAGGAGCGAGCCAAUGAGCAUGCAGAUGCCGCUAUUGUCCAUCAAUGCAUGAAGGAGGCCAAGGAGGUGGACAUUCGCCUGCAUGAAGCAGACACUAAGGCUCUUGAAGUGGAGAGGGACGUGAUACACCUGCGGAUCGAGUAUGCCAAGCUCAAUGCUGGCAAGAAUGAGUGA